GAGCCGCUGCUCUUCAGCAUGAUGGAGGAUCAGGCAUACCCAGAGCCGUUCUGGGAGGCCCUGGACGCCAGCGAGGCUCUCGGGCCGCUCUGUCGGCUGCGCUGCUGCCUGGCGCUGGCCCGCCGGUGCUGCCACCUGCCGGAGGCGUCACGAGGCGUGUGGACGGCCGGUGCCGACCGGCGCCACCUGGUGGCCGCCGCGCUGGACCUGCUGCCGCGCUGUGACGUUGAGCUGGCCUGCGGCGCGCCCGUGGAAUCCGAUAUCCACAAUCGACCCCGGGUCAGCCUGUACGAGCACACCCUGGUGUCGGUCUGGCGCCCUGGUCGGUACGUGCCCGGGGAGACUCACGGUCGUGGCGUGGCCUGGGAGGCUCUCUUGGCCGGGAGCCUGACAGCGCCCGAGCUGCGCGCUACCGAGACACACCUGUGGCGCCACCUGUGCCAGUCUGGCGUCUGGGGCGCGUUCUCGCCGCCGACGUCCUCUGUUUUAUCGCCAGAGUGGCCCAGGCAGCUGAAGCCGCCGAAGUCGCCGAAGCCCCCGGACCUGCCCAGGCCGCUGGACCCACCAGAGUCGCCCAGCCGGUCGGAGCCGCCGGAGCCCCCAGAGCCGCCAGGGCCACUCAGGCCGCUGGAGCUGUCGCGGCCCCCGGUGCCCCCGGAGCAGCCCAAGAAGCCCAUGCCGCCCGAGCCCAACAAACCGCCGGACCGUCCAGAGCCGUCGGAGCCGCCCAAUCCCCCGGGCCAUCUGGAGCCGCCCGAGCCGCCCAAGCCGCCGAAGGCCACGGAGCUGCCGGAGUCGCCCAAGCCCCCGGACCGCCCAGAGCCGCCGAAGCCGCCGGAGGCCACGAAGCCGGGCCACCCGCCGGAGCAGCUGGUGCUUCUGGAGCUUCCCAGGCCGCCGGAGCCGCCCCGGGCGCUGGAGCGGCUGGAGGCCAUCGGAGCCCAGGAGCCGUCCCAGCCACCAGAGCUGCUCCCGGAGUCGCUGGAGCCGCCCCAGGUAGAGGCCAUGAUGGCUUGUUGA